UGCAUGACUCUUAGGAUAUGAUCCAUUUUUUCCUGGAAAGGCAGCUAGCUGCCAGUCAGCAAGAGAGGGAGUGUUUGUGGUGGUCCUUUGGUCUCUGGGAUUGGAUUUCAGAGCCCCACCUGGACACUGAGCAGAAUCCAGCAUAGCCAAGGCUUCCACUGGGAUUCUGUUUGCACAGCAUGGAGAAAGAAUGAGGUAUUCCAUCACAGAUGAUUUUCCAGGAUAUGUUUUUGGCAUUACAGAGUGUGGGUGGGACUGUUUAAUUCCUCCAUAUCCUCCAGUUUUCUUCCGCAGUGUGUGGAAAUACACUGAAAUAUGUGUCUCCUGAGGCAACUUUCAGCUGAGAAUUACAGAAUUAUAAGAGAACAACAUUAUUUUUUCUUCCUGUGGGUUAGGCUUAGUGUAUUUGUAUCAGUAGACCGGUGAAAUGUCCCUUUUCUUUGCCGCUGCUUUUAAAAAUUAUUUUCAUAUUCUGUGCUUUGGUUUCCUUGCUCCUUUCUGGUGUGAUUUCUUCCCAGUGUUCUGAGAGUUCUCCAUGUGUGCUUUUCUACAUGCUUUCCUAUGAUACCUGAGCUGAUUUAUCUGGGAGCUGCUGCUUUGUUCCCUCUUUGGAAAGUGGCUGUGGACAGCUGUUGGUCUUGGACAGCUUGGGAGGCACAGAAAGGGAGAAAUUAGAGUGAAAAGGUGAUAGAACACGCUGGGACUGAGGAGAUAAGCCCAGCCUGUGUGGAGUCAUGUGGAGUCAGAGCAAGGGGAAAGAGCAUGGCCUGUCUGGAAUGUAGGAGAGGAGAACACAGAGAUGGGGCAGAGGGAAGAGGAAAAGCGAACCUGAGCAAAAAGAGGUGAUGGCUGCUCUGCAGGAGGAGGUGGUGGGCGAGGAGCAGUGUCCAGAAGUGUGGGAGGAGGUGCACGAAGAAAAGGGCACCAGAGCUCAGCCAGGGCUUGUGGGCCAGAGAUAAGCAGCAGCAGGUUAAUCUGCAGGGCAGUGUCUGUGUCUGGGCAGGAUAGAAAACUUCCACAUGGGGAGGGCUUGGACACACUGCCCCUGCCUUCAAAUGGAGGGAGAUUCCAUGGGGAGAGUUCAGUGAGGAAGAGGAGGAAUGCAAACACCUCAGUGACAACAUGCAGGCACUCAAAUUAUGUUUUCCUUUCCAUUCCAUUCUCCAGCAUCUGUGUUAAUUUGGGAGUUGACAGAGCCCUACUGAGCACUGGGGUGCAGUGUCCUGGGUAACUCUUCUGCUUUUUUCUUUCUAGGAGAUCUCUGCUUGCUGGCCACUGAAACUAAGAAACAGGGCUUCAACCCAGCUUGGGGAAAGUACACUGGUUUAGACAGCUCUGUGGAGGAUUUCAGUGGGAAAUAGCCAGGUCAGUUUUGAGGAAGAGAGCCAGAAUCCACCCACUGUGGGACACUGGAAGCCCCUGAUGCCAUCCAAAGGUGACAAGGAGGAGCCAGUGAGUGGAUGCCAGGAUGCUGGAGGUGUGCAUGAGCCCCAGUCCAUGGAGCAGCUCAACGUGUCCCGGCUGCGCAGCUCCUCGGUGGAGAUCCGGGAAAAGGGCUCUGAGUUCCUGAGAGAUGAGCUGCACAAAGCACAGAAGGAGCUGAAGCUCAAGGACAAAGAAUGUGAGAGAUUGUCAAAAGUCAGGGAGCAGCUGGAGCAGGAACUGGAGGAGUUAACAGCCAGCCUGUUUGAGGAAGCCCACAAGAUGGUGAGAGAAGCCAACACCAAACAGGCUGCAGCAGAGAAACAGCUCAGGGAGGCCCGGGGCAAGAUUGACAUGCUGCAGGCAGAGGUGACAGCCCUGAAGACGCUGGUGAUCACAUCCACCCCAUCCUCCCCGAACCGGGAGCUGCACCCGCAGCUGCAGAGCCCUUCCAAAGCUGGCUUCAGGAAGGGCCACGGGCGGAACAAGAGCACCAGCAGCGCCAUGGUGUCAGCUGCCAGCCAGAGCGUGGCUCCAGAGCCUGCCAGCCGCGAGUGCAAAGAGGUCGACUCCAUUUUAUUUGCCGAGUUCCAGGCCUGGAAGGAAUCUCCAACUUUGGACAAAACCUGCUCCUUCCUUGACAGAAUUUACCGAGAAGAUGUAGGACCUUGUCUGGACUUCCCCAAGCAGGAGCUGUCAGAGCUGGUGCGAGAGGCUGUGGAGCAGAACACCCUCACCAUCGAGCCAGUGGCUUUCCAGACUGUCCCCAUGGGCAGGGUGGCAGCAGAAGAGUGUGGUGGCCCCAAUGGCUUCCGGUCACAAAUCGUAACGAAAUGUGCUCUGAGCGGGCUCCCCAGGACCUGCAAGCACCGGAUCAUGCUGGGGGAUUCUGGGAAUUACUACUAUAUUUCCCCUUCCUGCAGGGCUAGGAUCACAGCAGUGUGCAACUUCUUCACCUACAUCCGCUACAUCCAGCAAGGCCUGGUGAGGCAGGAUGUGGAGCUCAUGUUCUGGGAGGUCAUGCGGCUCCGGCGGGAGAUGUCUCUGGCCAAACUUGGAUUUUAUCCCAGCGAGAUGUGAGCAGAGUCCUGAGCUUGGAGGAGACUGCUCCUGGAGGAAGGGCUUGGAGUGCAGUGCCUGUCCUGCUCCCUCCCACCUUCCCUCUGCCUGGAGCAAGGAGCAAGAGGCACAAGUUCCACCUUCAGCUGUCCCACUCGUCCAAGUGUGACUGGAAUGCAGCUGCCCCUGGAGCUGGGCUGGCCCUGGCUGCUCCAGGAUGGCCAUCCAUGGACUCUGGAGUCUCCUAUAUGCAGUGUAUAUCCAUUUUUUUAAUUUUUUUUUUUUUUAUAUAUGCAGCCUGCUUUGGCAUAACCCGAGGUCUGUGCAGGGUAGGAAUUCUGGACCUUCCCUGUGAGGCAGUCUGUGAGGACAGAUGCUGGCUGUCUGUUCCAGUCAUUUUUUUGGGAUGGAGGGUGCUGAACCCAAGGUCCUGCUGACCACAGCAGCCCUGAAAAUGCCAGCAGAGCACAAUAAUCUCGAACAGUUUGUUUCCAAGUACUUCCUUGUUCCAUUUCAAGGAGCCUGCGAGAGAAGCCUGUUGCCAGCAGAGUCACAAAGAGGGAUUUGUUCCUGUUUUUAGCUGGAUGUUUUGCUCUGGGUUCUGCAGGCUGGGGAAUGGCUGGAGCUGUGCACCUGGGGCCUCCAGCAGAAGAAAGGGAGCAGGGAAAUUCCCUAACUCCCAGCUGGCUGCAGGCUUUUUCCCCCUGGACUAGGGAAUCUAGUUGUCAGAGGCAGAUAUGCAGGACCCUGUGACAGUCACUGGUGUGAAGUCCCCCAUGAUGCUCCUAAACACAAACCUCACCCACAAACAAGUCUUGGAGCUGUUCCAGCUCUUGAGGGAGCUUUGGGAGCCCUGUUCCCCCUCUUCAGGCAGAACCCAUGUUCCCAGGCUGGGUUCUUUGUGUCUCCAGGAGGAGUGUGCCCAAGCUGGGCUGUCCCAAAGCCCAGAGGUUCCUUCUCGGUGUGAUGUCAGACCUGGAGGUGCCUGUCCACUGGGAAUUACAACUUCUCCUGGGCUGCCAUUCCCUGGUGAGGGAAUGAGACCUUUGUGUGCACAUAGGGGAUGUGGCUCAGGUUCCUGCCUGCCCCAAAAUGUGCUGGGAGGGAGGGAUGUCACUGGAGCUGUAGGAAUGCACAGGCCUGACACAUCCUGAGCUCAGACCCAGGUUUAUUAAAGCCAUGACAGUAUUUUGUAGUUAUUUUAGCCUUUUUUUCAGUGACUCUGGAAUCAGCUCAGCCAUCACUCACUCUGGGGUUUUCACUUCUGACAGGCUUGUCACCCUGUCCCUUUGCCACCCUCAGCAAGCUGCUGCCCAUCCUCAGCUCCAUAAUUCCAUCCUCUCCUGAAGGAUAUUACAGCAGAAACUCAAUUUUCUUCCAUUAAGCUGCUGGAUUUUGUAUAGGGAGAGAGAGCAUUAACACAGCUUUGGUUUCCCCAGCUGUGGAUUUCAGCUCAGGUGAAUUCCACCCCUGGAACUCCUCCCUGCAUCUCUUCCCCCUGUUGUUUCGAUCUCUCCCUAUCUUCCCGUGCCGUCAGCUGCUCCACUGCACAAACUUGCAGCACUGGGAAUGAGAUGAUCUCUCUGGGUAGGAGAUGGUUUGGUUUGUGGGGUAUUUUUUUCCCCCUUGGUGUCACAUUGAAAAGCACUUUGAGACAGAAGGAACUGGAGCAAAGCCUUGUCUGAGGUUGUUCUGCAUUUCAAACGAAGCAGAGAGCACAGUUUGUGAAAUUUGGAAAGGAAAAUGAAGUCACUCCAUUCGCGGGAUGGUUUCACCCUGCUGUUUCAUGAAGGAAAAUAAACAUUUGCUAUUAACCUCUA